AUGUCGUUCCCAGUAAGGAAAACCCAAGAUGGAUAUUCUUGGACCCGUGCGACGGGAAUGCGAAAAGGGGACCUUGUCUGUAGAGGCGUGGUGGAGCCUCGAUACAAGAAAAUCACUCCCGCCGGGCACAGUUACAAUGCAAUUGUUAUUGGCGCGGGCUAUGCCGGUCUUAUGGCUGCUCGUGACUUGACAGACCGUGGCCAUUCGGUGCUAAUGCUCGAGGCCCGCGACCGGGUUGGCGGUCGCACGUAUACAGUGGAAGCAGAUGGAAUAAAGUACGAAAUGGGUGGAACUUGGGUCACCCAUCAUAUGGCCUACUUGUUCAAGGAGAUGGUUAGGUACAAAAUGGAUCGUGAUCUUCUCCUGACCCACCACCGCGAGUAUGAGAAUGACUACUACACUCUGAAUGUCCCAGGUGCUGCUCCCCGCAAAUUAACCCACGAAGAAGGGGGAAAGAUCGCUUCCCGAGCAUGGGACAUCUAUGUCAACGUGGAUGGCGCAAACUGUCGUCGGAUCUGCCCGCUGCCACACGCACAGCUAGAGAACAUCAUCACAGACCGAAAGGAGGUUGAGCUCUACGAUAAAAUCUCCUGCCGUGACCGCUUCGAGAAAAUCAAACACUUGCUCACGGCCGAGGAAGCCGGGGUUCGUCUGUGGGAUAUGAUUCGCUCUCAUGCUCUCAUGUCGCAUAAUUCUGAGAAUUUUGGGCCCAUUUGGACGACCUUUAAGCUCCGUGAGGGCCAGUCAGAGCUGGCGAAGCGAAUGUUCGACGACGCUGUGGCUCAUGGGCUUGAUUAUUCUUUCCAGACUCCGGUACAAGCGAUACGUGACAAUGGGAACGUAGUUGAAGUGCAGACAACUGCUGGAACGGUCUACCGGGCGCAGCGACUCGUGUCCACUAUUCCUCUCAACGUCCUUCAUACUAUUCAGUUCAGCCCCCCGUUGUCUUCCAAGCGAAGGGAAGCUCUUGAAAUUGGACAUGUCAACUUCAUGACCAAGAUCCAUGCAGAGGUGGAAGGCUCAGGUCUGGCAUCUUGGAACGGAAUGCGGUAUCCCAAUCUGCUCAUGUUUGGCUACGGCGAUGGGGUUACCGAGAACGGAAAUGCACAUAUUGUUGGUUUUGGAAAGGAUGAGAGGGCAAACUACGUCCCCGAGCGUGAGCCUGAGCGGACUGUUGACGCAUUCAAGAACCUACAUCCAAUGGAAGUGAAAAAGAUGAUAUUCCACAAUUGGAUUACGGAUCCUUGGUCGUUGGGUGGACCAGCCUGGUGGCGGCCAGAAUAUAUGACAAAGUACCAGGAAGAAUUACAGAGUCGUCAUGGGAAUGUGCUUUUCGCUUCGGCAGACUGGGCUCAUGGUUGGAGAGCCGCGAUUGACGGGGCUUUGGAGCAGGGCUGUUUAGCAGCGCAGGACAUCGCCGCGAAGAUCGAGCCAAAAGCCAAGACCACUAUCAAGGCUAAAUUCUAG